CCUCUCCCCAAAUUGUUAAACCUCUCCCGCAUUCGAGCCGUUGCAAAACCCUAACCCUAACCCAAACUUCCCCAAGACCUCUUCGAGACGACGAGAACGACCUCCACCGACAGGAAAUUAGGUUAGGGCUUCUCCGCGCCUUUCUCCGCUCUUCAUUCUUGCUCGAUCAUCGAUUCGAAAGCUGUCGAUUAGGAGAUGGAUGCCGUCCUCCUCGAAUCCCCGACCGUCGCGAAACCCCCGGCCUUCGCCCCUCUCGCGGGCCUCAAUUUCCAACCCGUGCUCAAGGAAUCCAUCGACCGGUUCCUGAUCGAAGUCCAGAAGGAGUCCUGCGACUUCUCCGCCUUCCGUUCCAUCUUCUUCCGCUUGAUCCAGUCCAGCGCCGACCCCCCGCUCGAGGUUAUCUGGUUAUACUCCGCGGUUGGCUACCACGAGGCCAUUGCGUCCAAAAAAGAGGCCAUUGAGCGCGUGAUGGCCGUCAAGGACCUCCUCCAGCUGCUUUUCUCUUGCUCUGCUUCGUGCGGUGGCCUAAAGUCGAUAGCUUUGCUUGCUCCUGCUGUUUCUGAGCUCUACCGAUGCGUGUCAGAGGCGGGGAAGCUCUCCAGGAAGGUGGCGAAGAAGGCAAGGAGGGAUAUUGGGGCUUUGGUGGAAGGGAUAAUCAGCUACAUCAGCAUUUGUAGCAGCAAGAGCUCCAAGGUGGAAGAAUUCUCUGACAACUACCUGCUUCCUUGCUUUGUGGAUCUUGUUCGAGUCUGGACGGUGCAGCAUUCAUGUGGAGGGGACGGUCUGGGAGUUCUUUUUCCCUUGGUUAGUGAGGAGAUUCGGGGCCAGUUCCGGAAAGAAGGGUGUCGUACUAGUUAUUUGGCUGGUGCUGUGGUUACCGAGGCUUUCUUGAUGAGGUUAUGCUUAAAGAUUGAAGCUGCUGGGGCGCCAAGGCCUGACUUACAGAAGGAGUUGAGGAUUUGGGUUGUCAGUUCGAUAACUGCUUUCCAGAACCGUGUCUUCUUUGAGAUGCUACUCAGGCUGCUGCUGGACCCACCAAUGCCUCUCAGCUUCCUCCUGUGUUCUAUGGAUGAAAGCUUGGUGAGAGACAUUCUCUAUGAUGCUGUUAUAUUAGUAGAUUAUUCUUUCAUUAAUCCUGGAUUUCAUGUGGAACGAUAUGAUGAUUCUAUAAUGAAUCUUCUUAUGACAAGGUUGAUUGUUACCCAUGAAGCCAUCCAAGUUGCGAGAAGUAGGGGAGAUCAGGGCAAAGCCAUUGCUUAUAUAAAUGCAUUUUCAACAUCGUUUAUUCCCAAUGGUUUAGUUAACUGGGUCAGUAAACAACUUGGCUUGGAGAGACUUAACAGACCAGCUGCCACUACACCUCAAGCUCUUCUCAAGUGGUUCCUGGGUCUUGGAGAACAAGGUUUGAGGCUGUUUGAAGAUAGCAUAUCGAAACUUCAUAGUAAAUUAAUAUUUGACGAGACCAAAUUUGGGUCUGAUGCUUCAGUGUUCCAUAUGGACAGCAAAAAAACAAAUGCUGAUCUUUUCUUUUUCGAUAACCGAGGGGAGGUUGCUAAGGAGGCUGCAGAGGAUGAGAGCAUGGAAGCAAUGGAUACUGCUUUUAUAGCUGCUGCUUAUUCCAUGAAAUCAACACCAAGUAAUGGAAGGAAGAAACGAAAAGAAUGGGGAGAUGAAGAUGGGGAAGUGCAGAUGAAAUUUGUCAAGUAUAAGCUUGACAAAAGUUCAGUGAAGGGGGAUUUUGAUAUGAGCAGUGGUAGUGAAGUCGAAAAUCCAGCAUCUGAUGAGGACAUGGAGGACACAGAUUAAUGAGCCAGAAUCGGAUUUCUGUGCAUGGUUGUAAUUCAGUGAGAAGGAUCAUUUUGCAUUAGUUGAUGCUCCGUUCAGGUUCUUGUCAUCUUGGAUCGAAGACUUCUGGCUGGGGCAAAAGAUAGGUGAUCAUAUCUUGUGGUAUUUUCACUUGUUGAACUAUCACAUGGGUGAUUGGAAGCAGGUUUAAAAGGCAUCUGUUAAUUGUGGAGACACCCAGUUUUGUUAAUUGCUAUAUGCUUGUUCCACUUCCAACAGCUGGUCACCCAAGUAUCUAUCACUAGGCCAUGAUCCCAGCCAUGUUGGAUACUUGUGUUUUUAGAUAUUUCAAAUUUACAAAAAGACUGAAAAUGAUGAGCAGAAUUACAUUUUCUAUAAGGCAGGCUAUAUAAAUUUAUGUUAUGGCAACAA